CGCUCUACGUUAACUAGGCUUUCUUGAAGCACUGAAUAGGCGUGCGUGCAGGGUGACCACAAUGAUGUGGGAUCGCAUUCCCUCCGCCUCCCAGAGAGAGAGCGAGCGAGAGCAGUCACAUGCAGAGAGGAGCCGGGACGAGAGACAGAACAGAGGAGAGCUGUCAAGCUGCGAGGAGGCAGUGGAGAGACCACUUAGUUUUUUUCCUUGGAAUACAUCUUUGCCUGCCAUCUCCUAAGCACACACACAGACACACACGUGAAUAUAAACUCGCAAACACACAGAUGGUGAAGUGUGUGAGUGAGGCUGUUACCUCCUAACUAGGAGCGCUGCAAUAUUGUAAGGAGCUGGACUUACUGAAGGCUGACACACUUGGACUGUACGAGUGUUUGGAUGCAGCAGGUUAGAGCGCUUUAACAGUAUAACACUUUGAAGUGGAGGAUGUGUUGGACUGUGAUAGUGCUCACUCUCGCCCACCUCGGGGCUUCUCUGUCAGGAGCAUGGAGAGCAUCUCAACCAAGGCUUCAGUUCACACACUCAGAGCUGAUCCAGAAUGGCCGCCUCCUGACGCUGCCUGUAUUAGCCGGAGACCUGCAAUCCAUGCUCCCUGACGAAGAUGGGAAGCAUCUGUAUGUGGCCAUGAAAGAUAACCUGCUGUCUACCAGUCUGGACGACAUAACACAGAACCCACGCAAGCUCUACUGGCCAGCCAGUCCAGACCGGGUCCAAGAGUGUCUCAUGGCUGGGAAAGAUCCAGAGUUGGAGUGUGCUAACUUCCUGCGAGUCCUGCAGCCUUUUAAUCAGACUCACCUGUACGUGUGUGGAACUGGAGCCUUCAACCCCCGCUGUGCUUUCAUAGCGACCAGCGUCUUCCAACAGUCAGAGCACCAGACGCUCUCCUACGGCCAGACAGAGUGUGGGAAGGGGAAAUGUCCUUAUGACCCUUUCCAGAAAACCGCCUCUGCUGUUGUUGACGGGGAGCUGUAUGCUGGGAUCACCUCAGACUUCAUGAGCCGAGACUCUGCCUUCUUUCGUAGUCUUGGCAGUCGCCACGUCCUCCGCACUGAACAGUACGACUCCACCUGGCUGCAGGAUGCCCAGUUUGUGCGGGUAGCGCCACUGUCUGAAACUGAUAACCCAGAGGAUGAUAAGGUUUACGUGUUUUUCACUGAGCGUGCUCAAGAAGCGGAAGGAGCUGCAGGAAAGGUGCUCUACUCUAGAGUGGCACGCGUCUGCAAGAAUGACAUUGGAGGCCAGAGGAGUUUAGUUAACAAGUGGAGUACCUUCCAGAAAGCUCGUUUGGUGUGUUCAGUCCCAGGACCUGACAGCCUACAGACCCACUUCGAUCAGCUGCAGGACAUCUACAUCCUCCAUGGAAAAGACAAGAAGAACCCUCUCAUCUAUGGACUGUUUACCACCUCCAGUGAUAUUCUGAACGGUUCAGCCGUGUGUGUUUACCGAAUGGAGGAUGUCGUUCGGGCUUUCAAGGGAAACUUCCUGCACAAAGAAGGGCCUCAGUAUAAGUGGGCGGAGUUUACAGGCAAGAUGCCGUACCCUCGACCUGGAACUUGUCCCAGCAGUACUUAUGGAAGCUACAGCUCGACCAGAGAGUAUCCUGAUGACGUCAUCUUCUUCAGCCGGACUCACCCACUGUUACAGGAAAAUGUGCUGCCCCUGGGAGAGCGCCCCCUCCUGGUUAGAGUGGGCGUGCACUACAAGUUUAGCAAGCUGCUUGUGGACAGGGUGGAGGCUGUGGAUGGCACCUAUGACGUCCUGUUCAUCGGCACAGACACAGGUCUGGUGUUGAAGGCCAUCCAUCUCCCCAGAGAACACGAUCAGGGGCAGGAGAUUACUCUGGAGCAGCUGCAGGUCUUUCAGCACAAAUCACCAGUGACAGCCAUGACACUCUCAAAGAAAAAGCAGUGGUUGUUUGUGGGCUCCAGGGAGGGUGUGUCCCAGCUGGCCCUGUACCAGUGUGAGCUGUACGGCCAGGCCUGUGCAGAGUGUUGCCUGGCCAGAGAUCCCUACUGCACCUGGGACGGCCACGCCUGCAGCCCCUACAUGCCCACCGUGCGCAGGAGGAAUGCUCGUCAUUUAGGGGAGGAUGAGGAUCCUCUCACUCAGUGUGUGAGGCAGGGAGCCGGACUGCAGGUGGAGGCGGAGCAGAGGUUGAUGAUGGUUGCAGAGGGUAACAGUACGUACCUGGAGUGUUUGCCUCGAUCCAGACACGCUGCUGUUACCUGGUACAAGCAGGCUGGAGUGAACAGCCCUGAACUAAACCAGGUGGUAACCGGGGACCAGACGGUGGUGAUCGAGCGCGGCGUCCUGAUUCGUCGGGCUGAGCUGUCUCAUGGCGGUGUCUACCAUUGCCAGGUGGAGGAGCACGGCUACCACUGGACCGCCGUCACGGUCCGCCUCUCCGUCUGGAGCCCCUCCUCCAGUCGCCUUCUUGCCUCCUUGUCCAGCUCGCCCUAUCAAAGUGGAGGAGCCCAGCCCUGGUAUGACGACGUGAUGGCGCUGAUUCACCCAGGAAACCUCGGCCAGCACUGCAGAGCUCUGGGAUACAGGCCCCCACGCAACCACCGCCGCCAUGAUGUCAUGAUGUCGCCAAUCAAGCCUAAAGGGAAAGGGGAGAGGCACAAGCACGGCGGAGGAAAAGGAGGCGGAGGAGGGGGGGGGAGAGCAGCAGGAAGGAAGAGCAGGAGCAAGCCGCAGCAGAGGGCACCGAGGAGCGUUUAAAUGUGCAAAAGGGCAAAGUGUCAGUGACCUAAACACACACUUUUAUCAUAACAUAUGCUGAUGUACCCGCAUUUACACAAACACAACACUGAGACACUCACAUCCUGUAUGUACAGAGACUAUGACAUGUGCAUGCACCUAUCCACUAUUUCAUUAUGACAGACUUCAAACUAAGCUACAAACACAGCAGAUGUAUGUAAAGUAGGACGUAAACGGAGGAUUUCACAAGAUCUUAUAUAGUAUAAGAUCUGUAUAAAAGCAAAAGUAGAAGAGUUUAGGUCGUGACGCAUGCGGAAUGAAGGAUGAACAGCAUGAGUUUGACAGACUGUGUUGUGACAAGAACGUUUGAGAUGCUUUUCAUUUUGAACCUUUACAGUGAAUGACUUCAGGUUCCCAAAGUACACACACACACACACACACACACACACACACACACACACACACACACACACACACACACACACACACACACACACACACACACACACACACACACACACACAGCACUGGAAAAGAAAUCAGUGAACCUUCCAGGAAUGAUUGCUGCCUUGUAGGACCAUCCUGGUGGUUUUGCAUGUUUUGGCCUUUAAUUACAAAUUACAUAUACGCUGGCAGUUAUUCUCCUAAAGAGAACAGAUGUUUUUAGAUUGUUUCCUACCUUCCGGGCAGACACUGGCUUCCAUUAAGCUCAUCAUGCAGAAAAAGGGAAAAUGCUUAAGCCAUUCAGUCCAUCACAGCACAGAAGAUGGUGCCUGGUUGUCAAAGUUGUAUCACUGCAAGCUGCACUUUUCCAAACCCUCUUUUGUGUUGCGCUUAAGUUUCGCUGCAUCCAGAAUUAAACAGCCGCUGCUGAAAAGCAUUUGACAAGCAGCGCUGUUGUUUGAUAGACAGCUGUCAAGAUGGAACAAAGCAAAACAUACAUUCAAACAAAAUGAGAUGCAUGUGCGUAUUCUCAGCCUAUCAAUCUAAUCUCAUGGGUUUCAGAGGAUAAACUGCAUUGAUUUAUAAUUAAUGGGCUAGAACUGCACCAACUAAUCUCAGUGGGUAUUAAAACUGCAGCAAAUUAGAAUAAAUAACAUUUGAGGUUAUACAUAGCAGCAAAUACCGAUGAGUAAUGUUCAUUUCUAUAUUUAGGGAUGAAGCCCAUCAAGCUGCUUACCUACAGUUCAGUGAGACGUUCCUAGGCUUUCUCAUGUAGGUGGGGUCUGACCACAAGAUGACUGACUGCAACCACAAAGAUGAAAGGCAGAAAAAGCAUGAUGGCGGCUUUGAUGAGGUUGCACAUCUACUUUCCCAGGACCUUGCGCUCCGCGUUGCAACCGCACAGACACAGCACAGGAGGCUUUUCCAUUAUGUUCUCCAGGCAGAGCUGGCACCGAUUUCCUGCCACGCAGAAGAGUUGUGUAGUAUAGGUAUAGGGGAAAAAAGUAAACAUAAUGAAGUUGGGUCUGUUGUCUCCUAUAACAUCACAAAGAGACUCUGUAUGAGUGUUGAGUGUUACUGUAGCCUGGACUUAACAUGACUUAAAUUAGGAAGGAAUCAUCAUAUCAGAUGUAAUGUGUUCUGCAUACAUUCCAUUUCUGGGGAGACGUGGUGUUGCUGCUAUUAGAUGAGGCGCAAUCAAGCCUUCACAGUAAAUCCCCAAAACUUCAGUGACAGUUUAAUGUGUGUUUAAUGUUUGAAAUGAGUUCAGGGUCAUAAUCAGGGUCAGAGCUACCACACGAAUUUGGCUAAACACAGAAAUGUAUAAAUGCUGGCGUUACAGUAAAUGUGUAUUUACAGCAAGUACCAUGUAGAAAAUCUAGAUGCAUAUUCAUAUACUGUAAAAAGACUUUUCCUUAAUGGACAAGACAGCACAUUUAAAAGGACCAAGACUUUAAAGUGACCUGCGAAGAGACUCUGUACACAACAUGCAUGUUUCUCAGACUGUGGCUCAGGAUCCAAACGAAGCCUUCAGCCACUGAUACUGGGUCAUUUAUUCCUGGUCCUGCUGCUCCAGCUGGUGAUGGUGUUUGGCUGAAGCAGGCCCAGCGUGUAAUGAAGCUUGUAUUAUACAAAAAUGGAACCUGAGGAAGAAGAGGACUGGCAUCACACAGACUCUUUGGCCUGUUGGAUUCAAGGGGCUUCAGUGACUUUGCAAAGCAGGACGUACUGGUUUGUUUUUAGUUCAAAUGUUAAGCCAUCAGUUCCAGUGGUAUUUAACUUUGUGCUUGGUAGAACCUGUUUGUGUGAUCUGCAGUGAAAAUUAUCGUUUUGUUAGAUAGUAUUUGUGUCGGAACUAAAGCUGGAUGCUAAUUUAAUGUGCGUUUGUCCAUCUGUCUGUUUCUGUGCCCACUGUCUGCGCAGUAUUCUAUUUAUUUUUUAUUUCUGCCAGCUUUCCAAUUGUCACCAUCUGCUUCUGUUGAUGCACCUUCCCACUCCCACCUGUGGAAAAGUAUUUCUGUAGUUGUUAUUUUAUGAUCAUUACUCAUCCUGCAGGCACUAAGGAAUCUACAAUGAUUUGGCUCAACACUGCUGAAACUAAAAAUUAAUUUUAAAUCUCUUAAAAUGUCUGUUUGUUUGACCGUGUUUCCCUGAAGAUCCGAUAGAAAUCGAAUUCCCCACAGUGAUGGAGCUAUUGUUCACAGAAAUACCCAGUGGUACUGAGUUUGGAUGAAUCCAAGACCAGAAUUCAAGGAGACAAGGAAAAAUGUAACUUUAUUUGCUUUGUUUACUGGAAGACAUUGUAUUUAAAUGCAUGGUUAGUUCCACUGACAGCUCCCCCAUAUUCUCAGAGGCUUAAUGACAUCCCACAGUGAUGAUGCACGCAAGCCCUUCUGUAUGAAAAUAAAUAUAUCCCAUCACGGGUGCUGCAGGGUCCGGGCCCAAACCAGAAGCAGAGAGAGCCUGCAGAAAGUCAACAUGGGCCUGGCUCUUUGGCGUCGUGACCUGGCCACAUAAAAGGUCUGUUUGUGUAAUAUAUAGAUGUGGGAUGCGUGCGUCAGAAACAAACCAAAUGAAAACACAGUUAAAACACACUCAGUCCGGCUACAGGUGUUGACGCAGCAGAUGCAGCCUGUGAGUCACUGUGUAUUACCACCGAAAACGUUGGGUCUAAAAUGUGAACAUUUGAUUCCAUCCAAACAAAACAUGUGCAGGAGACUGAACAACGAGCUUUAGAGCCGCUCCUCAUUCAUCAUUAAGCUGUAUUUACAUCUCCGUGCCAAUAUUCGCUCCAUGUUUUUGUAAACAGAAUAAAACUCUCACUAAUGGAUCUCCUCUCAUGUGGAGACCUUGUUUUGUAAAUAUGUAUAAAAGCCUGCGUACACACAA